AUGGCCGUUCUUUCAGGUCUGCGCCACUUCUCCUUCGCGACCGGCGGCGGAGCCAUCGACGGCGGCCGCCGGGAGCUGAUGAAGAAGCGCGCGGCGGCGCAGAAGGCGGAGGCCGACGCCGGCGAGAGGUUCGACCCGGCGGCUCCGCCGCCGUUCCGCAUCGCCGACGUCAGGGCGGCCAUCCCCGCGCACUGCUGGGUCAGGGAUCCGUGGCGGUCGCUGUCCUACGUCGCCCGCGACGCCGCAGCUGUUGCCGGGCUGAUCUCCGCCGCGGUGUGGCUCGACAGCUGGCUCUUCUGGCCGGUCUACUGGCUCGCGCAGGGCACCAUGUUCUGGGCGAUUUUCGUCCUCGGACACGACUGCGGCCAUGGGAGCUUUUCAGAAAGCACGACGCUGAACAAUGUUGCUGGGCAUAUCCUACAUUCUUCGAUUCUCGUGCCUUAUCAUGGAUGGAGAAUAAGCCACAGGACCCACCAUCAAAAUCAUGGACAUGUCGAAAACGACGAGUCAUGGGUGCCGCUGCCUGAGAAGUUAUACAAAAAGCUGGGUUACUCGACCAAAUUCUUGAGAUACAAAAUCCCAUUCCCAAUGUUUGCAUACCCGAUGUAUCUGUGGUACCGAAGCCCAGGAAAAAGUGGAUCUCAUUUUGAUCCACACAGCGACUUGUUUAAGCCACACGAGAGAAAGCUGGUGAUGACGUCGACCAUUUGUUGGGGUUUGAUGCUUGCUUUUCUCUUCUACAUCUCCACCAUUAUUGGUCCACUCUUAUUGAUCAAGCUCUAUGUUGUUCCCUACUUGAUAUUUGUGGCGUGGUUGGACACUGUCACCUACUUGCACCAUCAUGGGCACGACAGGAAGCUCCCAUGGUACCGAGGAAAGAAGGAAUGGAGUUAUUUAAGGGGAGGACUAACGACGGUAGAUCGAGAUUACGGAAUAUUUAACGGAAUCCACCAUGAUAUUGGGACCCACGUCAUUCACCAUCUCUUCCCUCAAAUUCCACACUAUCACUUAGUUGAGGCGACUAAGGAAGCAAAGAGGGUAUUGGGGGAAUACUACAGAGAGCCCAAGAAAUCAGGACUAAUCCCUGUUCACUUAAUCCCCAAUUUGGUGAAAAGCAUCCAAACUGACCAUUUUGUUAGCGAUCAUGGAGACCCAAGCUCCCUGCUACUCCUCGACGUUGACCGGUACCGGGACAGCCUCCUCUCUCCCAUAAGGUCGCGGUCUCCUCUUCCUGUUGGAGGUCCUCCCUCGGCGGGCUUCGAUAGAUGCGCCGUUGACAAGACCUGGUUGAUGGGGCUGUGGGCUACGCUCGACGGCUUUUCGGCUGACCGAGCUUGGGCCAGCACUGUAUGUUUUCCUCUUUUUGCUGUAAGUUCUCUGGGUUGGGGACGGAUGGGUUCCUCCGACAGAGGGCUUGUUUCUUCUUUGGUGGAAAUGGGUGGGGUCCGUCAGUAUUGUGUUGGGAGAGGCGUUGGUGUUCGGUCUCCUGGUGUCGCUGUCUGGUGGUGUUGCUAG